AUGUCUCAACAAAAUGCCAAUUUGCCCAGUGCCUUGAACGAAGCAGUGUUGAAGGCUUCGGAACCAGUAUCUGCAGAUUAUGUGAAGGUUCAGGGUAUUGACUAUUCUAAGGCAGAAGCCCAAGACAUGCGGGCAUCUGAUCUCGUUGGAUCUAUGCGUACAAUGGGAUUUCAAGCCAGUUCGCUAGGACAAGGCUGCGAAAUAAUCAACGAGAUGAGAUCUUGGAGAGGAAAGCAUCGUGAUGAGCUCGAAGAGCACGACAGAAAAGGCUCAUUUGAUGAAAAUGGCAAACAGAAAACUACAAUUUUCUUGGGGUAUACUUCUAACCUGAUUAGUUCCGGAUUGCGUGAGACCAUUCGCUAUCUCGUGCAGCACAAGCAGGUCGAUGCUAUCGUCGCAACUGGCGGUGGUAUCGAAGAAGAUAUCAUCAAAUGUCUGGCGCCUACGUAUUUAGGAGAAUUCACCUUGAAAGGGUCGUCUUUGCGUGACAAAGGUCUGAACCGUAUUGGUAACCUUUUGGUACCCAACGACAAUUACUGCAAGUUCGAAGAAUGGAUCGUGCCCAUCUUGGACAAAAUGCUGGAGGAGCAGGAAGAAUACGUCAAAGAGCACAAAUCUGAAUGCUUGGAUGCCAAUACUGACGUCGAAUCUCCAAUCUGGACGCCUUCCAAGUUGAUCAACCGACUAGGGAAAGAAAUAAACGACGAGUCGUCGGUCCUGUAUUGGGCUUACAAGAACCAGAUCCCCGUUUUUUGUCCUGCGAUCACGGACGGUUCGAUUGGAGACAUGCUUUUCUUUCACACGUUCAAGUCUAGUCCCCGCCAACUGCGUGUGGACAUUGUCGCAGACAUCCGUAAAAUCAAUAGCUUAUCCAUGGAAGCCUCCAAGGCAGGUAUGCUCUUGUUGGGAGGUGGUUUGAUUAAGCACCACAUUGCGAAUGCGUGUCUGAUGCGUAAUGGUGCAGACUAUGCCGUUUACAUCAACACAGGUCAAGAAUUCGAUGGUUCUGAUGCAGGAGCCAGGCCGGAUGAGGCUAUCUCUUGGGGCAAGAUCAAAGCCGAAGCCAAGAGUGUCAAGAUUUAUGCGGAUGCGACUGUGGUUUUCCCGCUCAUUGUCGCUGCGACUUUUGCUAGCGGCAGGUAA